GACUGGUUCGGUCUGACCCCUCUGUCUCUCUCUCUCUCUCUCUUUGUUCCUUUGAUGAUUGCUCAUCUCUUUUGACCUUCUCUUCCCCUUUCUUUCUUUAGAUACGCAUCUGAUCCUCUUAAUUGUUCAAACCAUUUCUCUCCCUCUCUUGCGCCUCUAUUCUAUCUCCACUUUCUCCAUCAGAUUAACUCUAAUUAGGAUUGGAACUUCCUACUGAGAUUUACGUGUUUUCCUGCCGCUUCAUUCGAUUCACCAUUCUCAUUGCUCAUAUCCACCAGAAGCUUUCACAUUCUUUAUUUUGAGACACUACUCCGUUGAUUCUACAACACCACCAUUACGGUUCCAGCUCGAUACUUUCGACGCUGUGAACCUUGGAGAUUUUCUUUCUUCCAGAGUUAAAUACACCGCUCAAGUCUUUUUUAUUUCUAUUCGACCGAGACAAUGUUGGGCCCUGGAUUGCAGUUUGGAAGAAGUCGGGAAGAUGAUCGGUUCUACAAUCCAGCUAAAACUCGCAGGAGUCAUCACAAUCAGAUAGGUCAAGAUAAUCUUCUCAGAGCUAAGACCGAUGUCACCGCUCAUAGUCAAUUUCAAAAUUAUUCGAUCAAGGAUAAGUUCCUGGUUUCUCCAGGAGUUAGAGAAAAGAAAAUUAGUGACGAGCCUGAGAACCAAACUAGUGCAGAAGCUCCAUCGCUUUGUAAUCUUGAGAGGUUCAUGGAAUCGAUCACUCCGACUGUUCCUGCUCAAUAUCACUCCAAGACAACUACGAGGGAUUGGAGAUGCAGCAACGUGGAUCCUCAAACGUACUUUGUGUUAGGUGAUUUGUGGGAGUCAUUUGGUGAAUGGAGCGCAUAUGGCGUUGGUGUGCCAUUAGCUAUGAAAGAUAUAGAUGGCGUAGUUCAGUAUUAUGUCCCCUAUUUAUCUGCUAUACAGAUAUACUGUGACCCUUCAAAGAGCACGAGGAAAUCAAGGCAAACCAUUCAGGAAUGUGACAGUGACUAUUUUAGAGAUUCGAGUAGUGAUGGUAGCAGUGAUUCAGAGCAUGAAAGAUGCUCGAAUUUUGUGAGAGAUCAAGGCAACUGUCAUAUAAAUGGUGCUGGGAUGGACAGGUUAACUCUAAGAGAACAACAACAGUCUACUCAUCAAGAUGGCGGUUUCUCAAGUGAUGAGGGUGAAUCCUGGAAUAAUCAAGAGUACCUACUUUUUGAGCAUCUUGAACGGAUACAGCCAUAUCAUCGAGAGCCUUUAGCUGACAAGAUAUUAGAUCUUGCUCGUGGUUGCCCUGAGUUGAAGACGCUGAGAAGUUGUGAUAUAUUACCUUCUAGUUGGAUUUCUGUCGCCUGGUAUCCUAUAUACCGAAUUCCCACAGGCCCAACUCUGAAAGAACUGGAUGCUUGCUUCUUAACCUUCCAUUCUCUUCAUACUCCUUCUCUGGCAGUUGCAGGAGGGGCACAACAAAGUGCUUUUUCUCUUGGUGGUGAUGUGCCUAAGAUUUCAUUACCAGCAUUUGGUCUUGCCUCAUACAAGUUCAAGGCAUCAUGGUGGGCACCAUACAAAGAAGGAAAACUAUCAAGCUCGCUUUUUCAGGCCGCCAGCAACUGGCUAUCCUUGCAUAAGGUCAAUCAUCCAGAUUUUCUUUUCUUUUGCCGUAAAUGAAAAUCUGGAGACUUUUCAAUCGUCCCCUCUGGGUUUAGGGUUUUGGAGGACUUUUCUUUUAGGGUGGAUUUACAUUUGCUUAGUGUUGAUUAUUAAUGUGGGGACAAGUAAGUAGAGUGAAUGAAAAUUGCUGGAAAUGAGAGAAAGCCAGAGGAGCAGGAUUUAUAUAGAAUCUGAUUAACUACUGGAUUUUGUAGAUUAUGUAGUAGGAAUAGUAGUAGAAAUUGUGGUAGUUUUGAGGUUUAGAGAUAUGUAGAUGGCACACCAUAUUUAUAUUCCUCAUGCCUUUUAGAUGAACUAAUAAGGUUUGGACGUGA